AAAAUCAAUGAAAGCCUGUAGACUGUAUUUCAUUUUCAUUACAAGUAAAAUAUCUAAUUGCUGAAACAGGCCAAGGUUUAUUUUAUCACAACUGCAGGUGAAACGCCUAUAAUAAGUCUAGAGGGAAAUAACAUCGUUUAUUGAACAAACAGCUGACGAAAAAAGUUAAAUCUACAAUGUCCAACCAAAUUUAUGGUGUCUGACCAUGGAUCCUCGUCGUUGUGCCCAGGACGUGUUACGGUGUCAUGUCUGUAAGACACAUACCUCUUUGCACUGUGAAAUUUGUCAAAUACAUUUGUGUAAAGCCUGUGUUGGGGAUCAUCUUUCAGAUGAAUCAAAAGUCCAUAAAGUGGUGCCAAUAAAAAGGCGAGAAUCUACUUUUACAUGUUCUAAACACUUAAAACAAUGCGUGAUUUACUGUGAGCAAUGCGACAUUCCUAUUUGUGUGCAAUGCAUUUCUUCUGGUGAACAUGAACAGCAUAAAAAAGUGGACAUUUUGAAAAGUUUCGAGAAGAAAAAAGAAGUAUUGCUAAGAGAUCUAGAAGAACUGAAGAAAAUAAUUUAUCCACAAUAUCAAGACAUUAUUUUCAAAAUCCAGACAGAAAAAGUCGAUAUAAAUUUACACUUUGAGAAACAGAGAACAGAAAUUAAGAAGCAUGGAGAUGAUUGGCACAGAGAAAUAGAUACAAUAACCAAAAAACUUACAACAGACGUCAAUAGUAUGGAAUCCAACAGUUUGGCCGUCUUAUGUGGAGAGGAAAUUAACAUCACUUGCAUAAUGUCUGAAAUCACACAGUUUAUAACAGAUCUCCAAACAGUUUUAGAGUCCAAUGAUGUAAGUUUUACUUUUGCAUAUAAAUCCCGGAAUAGUGAUUUUAAAGAAAUACAUCCUUUACGAAAAUCGGCUGCACCAAGGGGUAUAUUUACGCCCCAAAAGAUCGAAAAAGAACAUAUCUAUCAACAGUUUGGUUCUCUCUUAUUAUCAGAUGAACAUGGUUUUGCAGUAAAUUUUGCUUCUCGUGAUUUUUAUCCGAAUGAAAGAUUAGAAACUGAAAAACCAGGAACAAUCAGAGAUAUAAAAACUGAACAUGAAGAAAUAAAUCGGCUGUACAGUGUGUGUUGUCAGAGUGAUCAUGAAGUUUGGACUUGCAGCGAUGACCAUAUCAUGAGACUCUUUAAUCUUCAAGGAGAAUUAGUGAAGUCAAUCGAAACCAAGUCAGGGAAUAAGCCAAAUGACAUUGCAAUAACAAAGAAAGGCUAUCUAGCAUAUACUGAUUACAUUGUUCAAACUCUGAACAUAGUAAAAGAAAAACAGAUACAGGAGAUAAAAUUAAGAAAAUGGAGACCCCAUGGUGUCUGUAAGACUGCCUCUGGUGACCUCCUGGUAAUCAUGGACAGUGAUAAUAACAGAGAAUCAAAAGUCGUGCGUUACUGUGGCUCAAAAGGAAAGGAGAAACAAAGUGUCCAGUUUGAUACAAACGGUCUUCCUCUGUAUUCACCUGGUGGCAUAAAAUACAUUAAUGAAAAUAGGAACGAAGAUAUCUGUGUGUCUUUCUGUUGGGCCGGUGCAGUAGUAGUGGUAAGCCGGGUAGGAAGAUAUCUCUUUACAUACAAUGGACACUCCACUACUGCCACCUGAUCAUUUAGUCCUUACGGCAUCACUACAGACAGCCAGGGUCGGAUCCUGACGGCUGACUGUAACAACCACAGUAUCCAUAUCCUUGAUCAGGACGGACAGUUCCUCCGCUACAUUGACAACUGCGAUAUAUGUUGUCCGUUCGGUUUAUGUGUGGACACCAACGACAAACUGUUUGUGGCUGAGUGGAAAUCUGGGAAAAUCAAAUUGAUUCAAAACUACAUGUUUUAGACACUGAUUAGUACACAUUUUUGAUGGAUACGUCUGUGCUACCCAUUUAAAAUGAUAUCAUUAUCUUCCAGGCGG